AAUGGCAGGACGUUCUUGUUUCCGCCUGUUCCUCGAGCAGAUCUGUGCUUGCAGCAUCAAAGCAGAACUUGCGUUUGCUGUCAGAGGAAGGCAGCGACGGUUGGGGGGGUCCGAGUCUGACUGACAGAUAUCAGUAGACUUCUGUCGCGCGGAGGUUUCCGGAAUCGUGCCUGAACCGUCUGUCAUUCCGUCGCGCGAUGAAGGACCAAAACUACUCCGAAGAAGUUACAAAAAUACUGGAGGAGGCCCCCUCCGCUCGCAAAGCACUUUUAGACAACUACAACAAUUUAUACAAAGUAGCGGAGUACUGCGAGAGCAACUACACGCAGUGUGGAAAUGACACCACCAAAGCCCUGGAGGAGACCAAGGCCUUCACUACUCAGUCCUUGGCUAGUGUGGCUUAUCAGAUCAGCUCUAUGGCCACCAAUGUGCUCAAGCUUCUGGACGCACAGACCCUGCAGCUCCGCAAGAUAGAGUCGUCCAUCAACCAGAUCGGACAGACAGUGGACAUGCACAGGGAGAAGGUGGCCCGCAGAGAGAUCGGCGCUUUCACAGUUGCCAAGAGAGUUCCACGCAGUCAUAAGGUUGUCCCCCCAGCAAAAAAUAAAGAAGCCAAGAUCAAGUAUUCCCGCACACCCAUCUCUUUCUCUAGCCUGGACUCAGUCGGCCAUGGCAUGAAGAUUUGUUUUCAGGAUUCUGGCCAGCCGCAGCUAAAAACAGCGACCAUGACUCGGAGCGGCAGCACACUGAGCCGAAGCAGCCGUCCACCUCCUGAGCCUGUCCAGUGUCCAGUGGCGCCCGGUCUCUCUCAUGGAGCGUCCCUCACCUCCCUCAAUGACAAGUCUAUUGCUUCGAGUUUUGGUAAAGCCGUGCCGCCUCCUGUAGUGCCCAGCUGGCCCACCAACCCUGAGGUUGACAUCAUCAACACGCUGCUGGGUGAAGAGCCUCCUCCACCGCCCCCACUGAUGGAGACAGAGGGCGAACAGGAUCAGGGGGUGGAGAGCGGCCCACCUCCACCACCUCCUCCUCCCCUCGACUGCAGCAACAUCCCCCCACCUCCCCCCAUGCCCAGCUCAGUGAAUACUCCUGAUCCCAGCAGCCUCGUGACCAUACCUCCUCCUCCACCAGCUCCACCUCUUGAAACAGUGGCCGAGGAGAGUGUCUUUCCUCUACCAGAAGCUCCCAUUGACAUGCCUCCUCCACCUGCCCCUGAUGGCCUUGAUCUUCCAACCCCACCGCCUCUGCCAUGUGACGAGAACUUAGAAGCUGCGCGCUCUCGCCGCUCACGGGUGCGACGCCAUCCUCCUAGCUCUCGCUCGCUGUCUCUGAGGGUCCGCAUGGGCCCCAGCUCUCGCUCGCUGUACACGCGCUCGCUUUUUCUGCCUCCUGCUCAAUCACUCAUGAUACCCCCACCCCCUCCAUACCCGCCUCCUCUGGCUCCACCGGUUUCGUUCAGCCCCUUGUGCAGGAUCCCUGCCCGUCUGGAGCACCUGGACCUUGAAAUUCCAGCCCCACCUCCAUCACCACCACUGGAUGGUUUUGACAACUUUGAAGAACUGCCCCCUCUACCUCCCCCCAUUGAUUACGACAUAACUGCACCAGCCGAAUAUUUGGAGAAAGUGGUGGCACUAUAUAACUACGACACAGGCAAGCCGGGCGACCUGGUGUUUGAGGAGGGCGAUAUCAUCUACCUCACCAGCAGGAAUGAGGAUGGCUGGUGUGAGGGCGUUCUCAAUGGAGUAAAGGGAUACUUUCCUGGCAACUACGUGGAGUCCACCGCUUAACUGCUCAUAAGAUGCCACAAUGUCAGUGAAUGAAUUAUUGAGAUCGAGGCACCUUCUGUUUCUGAAGUGUAAUAAUGCAGAAAUGCUUUUAUACUUUGUUGACCUUUCAAACAUUUUUAAACCUUUAAAAAGUUUUCUGUAUUUUUUUUUUUUUGACAUUUUAAACAUUUUUAACAUUUAAAAAAAUCAAUGCUGACUGAUUGCGUCAGAGACAAGUCUGAAUUUCAAAGUUUACUUUGGUCUUAUAUAAUUGUGAUCAUAAUUGAUCUCUCAGGACUUUUAAGUUAUAAUCGUAAUGUAUAACAUUAAGAAACGUUUUGUACAUUUAGUUGCAUUUGAUAAGUUAAGUUCACGAAGUCGUGGUUAAUAGUGUGGUUGAUUCUGUAAACAUAUUUAGUUUGAAUAGGCUAUUGUGCAAAGUAAAUAAUGAAGUAAUAUAUAAUAAUAGAUGUGUGUAAUAUAUGUUAAUGCAGUUUCCUAAUUAAAAACCUUUAUUACUCAUAAUAAAUUACAUUUAAUUGAUAACCUUUUCUUGAUUCCUUUGCAACAUUUCAUGCUCUGUUUAAUGGAUUAAAUGUUAAUGUACCAUCACAUCGGCCCAAUUCAGUCACAGUUUCAAUGUUUUAUGAUGCCAAGUUAGUAUUUACAGUCCAUAGAAUCAAUAAAAUCUUGACGGUAA